AUGCAUUCUGCUGGGGGGGUAGUUGAUGGUCGGCCUCCUAGGAAAAGGCGCAAGCAGCAGCCAGCGGAGGACUGUGCAGCCGCAGUGAAGGAGCCAUGGCAGCAGUGUUGCGUCAGUCAAGUUGGACCCCCCGACUCGAGAAAAGCUGUGAAGACGGGGGCAUCGUGUGUUGUGGUUGGGGAGGAACCCGAGAACAUGGCCUCAGCAGCCUCUUUUCCAGCAAUUCGAGGUGUUUCUGCUGAGGAAGAUGCUGCUGGUUGGCUUACACGCCGUAAAGCAGAGGCGCAUCCGCGUCAGGCCGUUCCACGCUGCAGUUUUGAGGCCUCUAGUGCAACGAGGCACGCCUUGAGGCAUCUCCCCGCCGCUGCGAAUGCCGCUACAGAGUGCCAGGGUGCUCUAGCCACCAACGACCCCACCGCCCCAACCACCCCAACAACCCCCCCUCCUUCCUCAGGGGCCCUUCCUGACCAGCUGCCCCCCAGGCUUCUUAGUCCCCGCCUCGCAUGGAUGGCGUCUUCAAUAAUCUGUGGUGCUGCUGCUGCGUCUUCGCGCGCUGGAGAUGAAGAGUCUGUUGGCCCCACAGAACGCCUCCCCUCUUGGGUCCAGUUGCUGCUGGGAACGUUCAAGCUGUACAUACACCGCGACUUGUCUCUUGCUGUGGCUUUAAGGCGGCUAUCGGGCUUGCUGCAGCAGGCAGCAACUGCGGGGGCACCGUGCAAGCGCAGCCAACGCAGCAAAAGCAGCAGCAAAAGCAGCAGCAAUGACACCAGCGAAGUCGAUGUGAACCAUUUGACAGAGUGUGUGACUCGUUUUUGUUUCCGUUUGGCUUUGGUACUUCCCCGCCUAUCUCAACGGGAGGGGCAGCGCCUUGCUGCGUUGCCACUGCAAGUGCUCCUCCGGACAGAUGAGCUUCGUGGUGAUGCUGCUGCUGCUACGCAAAGCAGCAGACAAGCCAGCAGCAAGAGGCGUCUCGAGGACAAAACAUGCCGCUCCUGCAUGUAA